GGAGGUGGGUGCACAUAUCGAUACAGCAUGAGCGUUCGCUGCAGUGGCGAAGUCCAGUCACUCUAUUGAUAGUGAGCGAAGAUGAGCCAUCGAUGAUGACAAAGCGGGCACAUCCUCAGGCAGAAACUUUCCGCCAAGAGUUCGUGUGUGUGGGGCACUUCCGCGAUUUCUCUCUGAGCAGCAGCAGCAGCGACGCGGGCAGCCCGUCGACGUCGAGAUCCGCCUCUGCUGUUCGACCGCCGCAUUCCGUCCACCAUCGCCUACGACCCAAAGAACCUGCCACGAUGCCCGGCUUUCCCAGACUGUCGCUCGUCGAGGGUUCCUUCGAAGAGCUCGCGCUAGAACUCGCCCAAUACCUCGACAACGCCAAAGAAGGCUCGAAUGUCGCCGCCGAAAUCACACCUCUCCUUGCCGACGCCGAGAAGAGCGAGCGUCCAGCAGACUCCGAUCGCGAGAAUGCGCUGAAAAAGCUCGUGACAGGCAGCGCCGUCCUCAACAGCGCUCCAGAGCGGGAGUUGCAGGCUGCAUACAACCUUCUCAUCCACCUCAUCUCCCAAACCGAAGAGCCCGAGAUCUUUCUGCCACCACUCUGCAAAUACCUCAGCCAGCCCAUUAUAUCCUCCCCGCACAAUGGCGCGGGGAUUGCCCUUGGUAUUCUGGCCACAUUGUUCAACUCCAUCCAACCAGAUGACGAGACUCGCUACCACGUGCUCCUUGCCAUUAUCAGCGUCAUCAAGAGCUCAGGCAACUACGACACUUUGCGACCACAAUUGAAGAAUGUCGACAACUGGGUGGAGGAAUGGGAACUGGAACCAGCCGAGGCUCGAAAGCUGUUCCUAGCCAUUUCCGACGCGGCAGCCGCAGCAAAGGAGUCGGAGGAUAGCUACCAUUACCUGCUCAAGGCUCUCCGCACAAGCCAAGAUGCUGAGUCGGCCGCAGCGGCCAAGGACCUCUCCGUUCGCGCCCUCAAAGCUGCCCUUCACAACGACAAGCACUUCGACUUCCAGGACUUGACCGCGCUCGACAGUAUCCAAGCUCUGAAGAAGUCCGACGAGACUUGGUUCGAACUGCUCGAGAUUUUUUCUGCUCAAAACUUUGACGACUUCCAGGACUUCAAGGAGGCAAACCCUUCCUUCCUCUCCGAACAAAGUCUGGAUGAGGCAAUCCUCGACAAGAAGUUGCGCCUGCUCACCUUAGCCUCCCUCGCAGCCGCAGCGCACAAGGAGCGAACGCUGCCAUACAAGCAAAUCGCACACGGCCUCCAGAUCCCGCUCGAGGAGGUGGAGAUGUGGGUGAUCGAUAGCAUUCGCAGUGGGCUGGUCGAGGGCAAGCUUUCGCAGCAGAAGCAAGAAUUCCUCAUCCACCGUAGCACGCAUCGCGUGUUUACCGAGAAGCACUGGAGGGAGGUUGCAGCCAGAUUAGACGUUUGGAGAAACAGCUUGCAGAAUGUGCUUGCUGUGAUCCGACAGCAGAAGGAGGAAUUUCUGCGCGAGAAAGAGGCUGAGCUGCAGAACCAGGGGGCGAAUGGAGAAUCGAAGGCCUACAGGCCCAACCGCGGACCGCGAAAUCAGGCUGAGCGGAGAGAGCAGGCGAUAGAGGUGGAUUAGAGCGAUGGUUUCUCAUGGUGGGAGUCGGUAGCAUGGCGUUCCGGGCGUUGGGCGGAGACUGAGUGCUUCCCAGCACUGGUGGCAUGAAGAUAGAUAGCACGGUCGGCGUCUUGAUAGCUGGCCCGGCCCGUGGACGAUGCAAAUGAAGUGUUUCCAAGCUC